GACUGCAGAUACAGGGACAUAAAGAUCGCUUGCACUUGUUUGAUCGUUGCACUGACGCCAUUUGUUUCUCUGUCGUUUGUGAGCACUUGACUUCUUUCAUGUGAUGAGAUUUCGUUGACAGCGGUGAUGUUUUGGCCCCUAAGGACUCAACACGGUUAGAAACGGAGUCAAGGUCGAAUGCCUGUAAAUCCUUAGUUGACUCACCUCUUAAUUCUCUGGGCUCUGUGCAUCAUAAAAUUAGAUAUGAGCAUAUGGGUUAAACCCUGGCUGGAUUAUAUUCCUUUUGACAUUUCCCAGUAAGCCAUUGUCUAAUUCAACUGUGAUGAGGUGGACUAGGGAGUAGGAACUGCCUUCAAUGGUUUGAAAAGGACGCUGCUUUUCUGCCCAAGUGGAAGCAGUCUGGAUAAGCAGAUGGACUGACACACCUGUGACUACCGUGCUCUUUGCUGUGUCCGAACCACCUGGUCUGUCUCAGAGGAUACCUGCAACCAUUUGCCCCCCAGUCAUGGCCAACACAGACCCCUCAUCGCCAGCCAAAUCCCCGUUGUCUUCCACGCAGGCUCCCCUCACUCUCUCUUUCCCCUUCCUGAGGGAAGGCAGCCGCGUGUGGGAAAGGAAGCCGCUCAAGUCCGGGGAGCUGCCCAGCCCUCUGCCUACCAAACGCACCCGCACCUACUCCGCCACGGUACGGGCCACAUCAGGGCCUGUUUUCAAAGGUGUGUGCAAGAGCUUCUCCAGGUCACAGGGCCAUGGCUUCAUCCGGCCGUCCCAGGGUGGAGAGGACAUAUUUGUCCACAUCUCUGACAUCGAGGGUGAGUAUGUGCCCGUGGAGGGGGACGAAGUCACCUACAAAGUGUGCGCGAUCCCACCCAAGAACCUGAAACACCAGGCCGUGGAGGUAGUCAUCACCCACCUCAACCCAGGGACAAAGCAUGAGACCUGGUCUGGCCAGAUCAUCAGCUCCUAAGCCCACUUCCACAUUUGGGGAAGGGGAAAGGGACACCAUAGUCCACACGCAAGAGAGAGACUGCACAAGGAAACACACAGAGGGAAUAGGAUGAAGAGGGGGAACAUUCAGAACAAAAGAUGGCCGGGGGGAGUGUAAAUGAAUAUGUAAAGUAGUGAUAAUGAGGGCAGGAACUCAGGAACUGGGCUGGGACGUGGUGAAAGAAGGUUGGCUGGCAAGUGGGUUACUGGCUGGUGCUGGAAUUAGGCUUAUGCAAGUUUAGUUUUUUUCCCCUCCCUGAGUUUUGGAAAUGUGUGGUGGGAAAGUGACAUGAAGUUGGAGUAUGGGGGGGGGGGGGGGGGGGGGGUUGUGCACAAAGGGGCCCUAGCAGAGGUAAUAGAUGUGUGAAUGUGGCAGGCAAAACAUACUGUGAAACAAAGACAAAAAAAAUUCUUCCAGAUUAUCUUUGUUUUUGCAUAUUUAUUUAUUCUUUUUUCAUUGAUUUAUUUUCAUUUAGCUGUUUCUUAGUAUAAUGGUAAACUCUUGAGGUAAGAAAAAACAUCAUGAUCACUUUUUUUUUACUCUGUCCAGUCUCCAUUCCACCACUAAUCACUAUGUAUUCAUACCGCAACUCUUUAAUCAGUUACAUAUUAAAAAUUAACCAAAUUAUACAAACUCACAUUUUGUAACUUUCUAAAUAGUAGAUCAAUAUGACACAAAUCUACAAUUUGUAAUGAGCUAUUUGAUAUCUGUGUCACAUUUUCUCCUGGUCUUUGUACUGUUGUACAACCCUGUUUCCAAAAAAGUAGAAUGCUCUGAUUUGCAGAUCAUGUAAACCAUAUAAAAAAAUGAUAAUAGUGCAAAGACAGCAUAUCAAUUGUUGAAAUAGAGAAAUGUUAUUGUUUUCUGGAAAGAAUAUUAAUUUUGAAUUUGAUGUUAGCAACAUGUUUCAGAAAAAGUUGGGACGGGGGCAGCAAAAGACAGGAAAAGUUGUGUAAUGCUAAAGAAAAAAAAAGGAGGAACAUUUUAGAAUGGGUAAACUGGCACAAUGACUGGGUGUAAAAAGAGCAUCCCAGAGAGUCUUUCAGAAGUAAAGAAGCCGAGGUAUUCAUCACUCUGUGAAAACCUGGGUGGGCAAAUUAUGCAACAAUAUUUUCCAUUAAAUGGUCAAAUGUGUAAGUUUCAACAUUUGAUAUGUUGUCAAUGUCAUGUUUGCUACUAAAUGGGGUUACGAGAUUUGCAGAUCAUCACAUUUAUUUUUUGUUUACAUUUUACACAGUGUCCCUUCUGGACAUAGGGUUGUUGAAGAGUAUUUGUAUUGUGUUUUUGUUUACUUUUCUGGUUAUUUCAUCAUUUGCUGUAUACAUUAAAGUGGGUUGUCUUUGUCAUAGAAAAAUGUUUAAUAAAUAGUUUUAUUAUUCAUUUCCUUUUCUAAGUUGCUUCUCCAUAGAUUUAAAGUCUUAUUCAGAUAAUGAAUAGCCAAGAAUAACAGCGAGUGUGUGCUUAAAAUGUACUGCAAAUGCCUUAUGCUUCACACAAAGAUCGAUAACUAUAACAGCAAAAAAGUAUCUUCCUAAUAUGAAUAACAACGUCCACAUAUAAACUACAACGAUAACGAUAUGAAUAAUAUUGUCAGGGAUCACUUUCA